ACACUGCACGUCCUGAGGAAAAUGAACCAGAAGGAGCUUGCUGACACACUGGAGAACUGUAAGAUUUGUCUGCCUCAUGUUGAAUGCUGUUUUAUAACAUUUAAGAGCUGUAGCUAAAGUCCAGCUAAAGUAGCUGUGUAACUCAAUAAUAUUGUAACAUUCUUAACACAAACCCUAGUGACCUCAUCAAGUAGCAGCAGGGAUGUGUUGUGGUGAUUAAUUUAGAGAGAGAGAGAACAUUAAUAAUAAUAUAAAUCAGUCACACUACUCUGUAAUGCAUUAUGAAAACAUUUAUACAGUCAGUUAAGAGAAUAAAUUAUAAUUUAAAACAGUCCUACAAUACUGUAGUUAUUAAAACAGACAUAAUAUUAAUAUCCUCUGUGUUAUUUCUAGAUUCAGAUGAGCUUGCUGUGAUUUGCCAACGUGAACUCAAAUCUAAUCUAAAGAAGAAGUUUCAAUGUGUAUUUGAGGGGAUUGCUAAACAAGGAAACCCAACACUUCUCAAUAAGAUCUACACAGAGCUCUACAUCACAGAGGGUGGAACAGGAGAGGUCAAUAAUGAACAUGAGCUGAGACAGAUUGAGACAACAACCAGGAAACAAGCAAGACCAGAGACUGCAAUCCAAUGUAACGACAUCUUCAAACCCUUAACUGGACAAGACAAACUUAUCAGAACUGUGCUGACAAAGGGAGUCGCUGGCAUUGGAAAAACAGUCUCUGUGCAGAAGUUCAUUCUGGACUGGGCUGAAGGAAAAGCAAAUCAGGAUGUCCAAUUUGUAUUUUCAUUACCUUUCCGGGAGCUGAAUUUGAUGAAAGAGGACAAACACACUUUCAUUGAACUUCUCAAUCACUUCUCAAUGGAAACCAAACAAUCAGGAAUCUCCAUCUACAACAAGUACAAAGUUCUGUUCAUCUUUGAUGGUCUGGAUGAGUGCCGACUGCCCCUAGACUUCCAGAGGAACAAGAUCUGUUGGGACGUCACAGAGUCAACCUCAGUGGAUGUUCUGCUGACAAAUCUCAUCAAGGGAAAUAUACUUCCCUCUGCUCUCAUCUGGAUAACUACCCGACCUGCAGCAGCCAAUAAGAUCCCUUCAGAGUGUGUUGACCAGGUGACAGAGGUACGAGGGUUCAAUGACCCACAGAAGGAGGAGUACUUCAGGAAGAGAUUCAGUGAUGAGGACCUGGCCAGCAGAAUCAUCUCACACAUAAAGACAUCAAGGAGCCUCCACAUCAUGUGCCACAUUCCAGUCUUCUGUUGGAUUUCUGCAACAGUCCUUGAACACAUGCUGAAACAUAAGAGAGAAGAGAUGCCCAAGACUCUGACUGAGAUGUACACACACCUUGUGGUGUUUCAAACCAAACAGAAGAACGAAAAGUAUCUUGGGAAAGAAGAGACAGGUCCACACUGGAAUAAAGAGAGCAUUCUGUCACUGGGAAAACUGGCUUUUCAACAGCUUGUGAAGGGCAAUCUGAUUUUCUAUGAAGAAGACCUGAAAGAGGCUGGCAUUGAUGUCAAUGAAGCCUCAGUGUACUCAGGAUUGUGCACACAGCUCUUUAAAGAGGAAUGUGGGCUGUACCAGGACAAGGUGUACUGCUUCAUGCAUCUGAGCAUUCAGGAGUUUCUGGCUGCUGUAUAUGUGUUCUUCUCAUUCAUCAACAACAAUGAGAAUCUCAUGGACAAACUGCAAACAAAAGACGAGCCUGAAGUUACUUUCUACAAGAGUGCUGUGGAUAAAGCCUUACAAAGUGAGACAGGAAACCUGGACCUUUUCCUCCGCUUCCUUCUGGGCCUGUCACUGGAGUCCAAUCAGAAGCACUUACGAGGUCUACUGACAAAGACAAGAAGCAGCUCACAGAGCCAUGAAGAAACAGUCAAGUACAUCAAGGAGAAGAUCAGGGAGAAUCCCUCUCCAGAGAGGUGCAUCAAUCUGUUCCACUGUCUGAAUGAACUGAAUGACCAUUCUCUAGUGGAGGAGAUCCAAAGCUACCUGAGAUCAGGAAGUCUCUCUAGAGACAACCUGUCACCUGCACAGUGGUCAGCUCUGGUCUUUGUGUUGCUGACUUCAGAAAAGAAGCUGGAUGUGUUUGACCUGAAGAAAUACUCCAGAUCAGAGGAAGGUCUUCUGAGGCUUCUGACAGUGGUCAAAGCCUCCAGAGUUGUUCUGUGAGUACAUCAAAUGAUAUUGUGGCAAACCUCUUCAAAGUUAGGAGCGUUUGUCACAAAUUAAGUGGGAAACUGUCACCAAAGUCAGCCCAGAAUUAAAGUUAUUUCGAACAUGACAGUACCUGUGUGUUUGUUUCGCUGUCCUGGUCCACGCAGGCCGCAGGUAAGGUCAAGGAUAGCAGGGUUCGGUACACAAAUCUGGUUCUCGGUAGG